AUGCCACCAUACCAAGGUAUGAGCUCGGUGUCCUUGGCUGCAUCUCCUCAGAACACAGUCAAUGUGGAAGGAAAGUUUGUGGAUUCAACUGUCAAACUUACUGAGAAGGUGAAACUGGAAUGCAUAUAUCCAAAACAUGCUGUGAUAACAACAUCCUGGAUGAAAUUUAAUGUAACUCAUAAAGAAAAUUUAUCUGUCUUGCAUUCAAUCUAUGGCAUACAUAUAGAAGAUAAAUACAAUGGAAGAAUUUAUUUUGAAAACACUUUCAGGAAAGACAAGUCCUUAUCCUUCAUAAAGAGCACUUUGUAGGAUGUUGGUCUUUACUUUUGCUCUAUUGUAACUUACCCAGAUGGAGUUUGGUAAAAAGUAAUAGAAAUUAUUCAGCCAGGUAAUCCUUUUACAGUACAGGAAAAGCAAAACAACAUAAUCAUGUUUACCAAGCCAGGAGGAAAUGUCGCUUUUACUUGCCCUUAUAAAAUUGGAGAUUCAGUGCAGCAAGUGUUGUGGGAAAGGAUUAAAGCAGGUCAGGUAGGUACUGCUGUUCUGUGCCACUCAUCAGGAAGGCAAAGUUUUGGUUCAGAUUUCAAAGAGCGCACGCUGGUGGAUUGUUCUGAUCAGGAGAACUCCAUUAUCAUCAUUCAAAACAUUACUGACUCUGACUUUGCAAUGUACCGUUGCAUAGCUACUGGAAGAAACAAAACCUAUAUUUAUCACAAUUAUAUUUUAGCAACUUGGGAUCAUAAAUUCUUUAUUAUCUACGUAGCUGGAAGAAUUUCUGCUGUUGUCUUACUGUUAGUUUUCCUACUGAUCUGCAUCACCACUGCUUAUUGCAAAAAAAAGAAGAGGAAGAGGACCACAGAGGCCUUAUCAGAAGCUUUUUACUCUACUCAGAUACGGAACACGGUAAGAAAAGGAGAAGAAUUGUCACCCUGGCAGACAGAGGAGAUUUAUGUCAACUGGAAAAAUGUGUCACACAAAUCUAAGAAAAGACCAUUAAAUUCCUUCCUAAGAAUGCGUUGGAACCCAAGUACAGAAAUAUCCAUGAGCCGAGAAGUUGGUAUUGUUUCACUGUUUGUAGAGACAGUCAAAAUACAUCCCUACUUUACUGAGGGUAAAAAAGGGGGAGAGGUUGAGGUCAAGUACCUGGAAUACCAGAUUGUUUUGAUUAUUUCUGUAUCUGUUGGCAUCUGGCUCAAAAAACACCCGACCACCCUCCAGGGUAAUGAACGAGCUCGCUUGGAUCUGAAGGUGACCCCCGCAAGUGCUGUCACUGUGUCCCGAGUCGGUGAUGCUGCAGUGAUGCCAGCGGGAGUCAGUGGGCUGUGGCAAGGACCUAACAACGUUAUGGGUGAAGACGGGCCAGGCCUGCUGGUGGAGGUGGGUAGGAAGGCCCCGAUGUCGAAUGUGCCACCGCGAUGA